AUGGACGAAACAACGACGACUGCCCCGAUUCUGCUUUUCGUUCACGGCACCAACUUCUGCAAAGAAAUUUGGAGACCGAUCGAGCGUCAUCUCAAGAAGCUGCCACUGUUGGAACUCUUGCCCCAAAUUCAUUUUGUGAGCAUCGAUCUCGCUUACCACGGAUCCAACCGCGAUGAGAGCAUCCCUGUUGUUGUUAACAUGGAGGCUGGCACAGCGAAACAUCCGGCCAACAAACUCGUCACUUUAAACACAGAGAUCAUUCUCGGUGAAGUACAACGACUUCGUGCCGCUUUCGGUGAGAGACCAAUUGUGGGGAUCGGUCACUCGGCCGGUGCGUCAGCACUCUGGAACGUUGAGGUACGAAACCCCGGUACUUUUAGCGGGCUAGUGCUCUUCGAGCCGUACGUCCACAAAGGUGGACCUCGUGACCCCAAGUUCGAGCGCUACAUCUUCAACAUCGCCAUCAAGCGGAAGUACCGAUGGGAGACUCGUGGAGCUGCCGAAGCGUACGUUAACAACGUGAAAGCCUUCAAAACUUGGGAUCGAGAAAGUCUCGCGUGCUGGCUGGAGGGGGCCAUUGUUCCAGAGAAGGAAGGAUCGAAUGCUGUAGUUCUGGCGUGUCAUCCGACUAUCGAAGCAGCGGCUUAUUGCGGGGAACGACUCUGGUUGACAGACGAGGAAUUAUCGAGUCUUCCGUGUCUGGUUACUUUUCACAGCAGCGAUGACACGUGGCUGUUUGACUAUGAUCACUUCGCGCAUCUCGAGCAGAAAUGGCCACAGAUAUACAAGAACCACCCACCGAUGAAGGACACAACGCACAACCUCAUCAUGGAGAAACCCAAGGCUUGUGCGGAAGCGAUUCACGAAGACCUAAAGGAGUUGGAAUGCUUCAAGUUAGUGUUUGCAAAGCUGUAG